CGCAGCUUUCCAAGCCUCCUUGAACGCUUCCGCAAACAUUUCUAUAUUACAGAAAACAAACUCCAGCAUCAUGUCGAGCUUCCCAUGGAAUACUACACGAAGUACACCAGAUAAAGACAACAUAGAACUAACGGAGAAUGAUUUGAUAAAGUGGGGACUCACAGGCAUCCAGCUUAGACGCUACCAGCUGGAUGGGGUGAAGUGGCUGGCAGAGUGCUUGGAGACUCAAGAGGGGUGCAUUCUGGGGGAUGAAAUGGGCCUGGGAAAGACCUGCCAGACCAUCUCUCUGCUGGUGUACAGCCGUGGGGCUCUGGGGUAUGAGGGGCCCUUCCUGAUUCUGUGCCCCCUGUCUGUCAUGGAGAACUGGAGAGAGGAGAUGGAGCGGUUUGCACCCGGCCUAUCAGUGCUGUGUUACAAAGGGGACAAGGAGAAACGGGCGGAGCUUCAGAGGGACCUGAACGCAGGUCACCGCUUCCAUGUGCUGCUCACGACCUACGAGUUGUGUCUCAAUGACGCCUCGUUCUUAAAAAGGUGGAAGUGGAAGGUCCUGGUGGUGGAUGAGGCCCACAGACUGAAGAACCAAAACUCCCUUCUCCGCAGGGCCCUGACGGAGUUUUCGGUCCGCUUCAGAGUGCUCCUGACCGGAACCCCUGUUCAGAACAGCCUGCAGGAAGUCUACUCUCUCCUCAGCUUCAUCCAGCCCCCCGUCUUUCCUGAGGACAGGGCCGAAGACUUUGUCUCCACCUACGCAAACGUUCAAAACGAACCCGCUCUAGCUACAGAGCUGCACGGCGUCCUGCAGCCCUUCCUGCUGCGCCGGGUGAAGGCGGAGGUGGCCCUGGAGCUGCCCCGAAAAACAGAGCUCCUGGUGUACCACGGCCUGUCCGCCCUGCAGAAGAGAUACUACAAGGCCAUCCUGAUGAAGGACCUGGAUGCCUUUGAGAGUGAGCAGGGCAGCAGAACGAGGCUCUUGAACAUCUUGAUGCAGCUGCGGAAGUGUGUCAACCACCCUUACCUGUUUGACGGGGUGGAGCCCGAGCCGUUUGAAAUGGGGGAGCACCUGGUGGAGGCCAGCGGCAAACUCCGGCUCCUGGACAGCAUGCUGGAGGUCCUGCACAAAGGGGGCCAUCGGGUGCUGCUGUUCUCUCAGAUGACCAGAGUGUUGGAUAUCCUGCAGGACUACAUGGAGUACAGAGGCUACAGCUAUGAGCGGCUGGACGGCUCGGUCAGAGGAGAGGAACGGAACCUGGCCAUCAAGAACUUCAGCAGCAAGGACGUGUUCAUCUUUCUCCUCAGCACUAAAGCCGGGGGCGUUGGAAUGAAUCUGACAGCUGCUGACACUGUCAUCUUCAUGGACAGCGACUUCAACCCCCAGAAUGACCUCCAGGCUGCGGCCCGCGCCCACAGGAUUGGACAAACAAGGGCAGUGAAGGUGAUCCGGCUGCUAGGGAGGGAUACGGUGGAGGAGAUUGUGUACCGGCGCGCUGCAUCCAAGCUGCGGCUGACCAACACGGUGAUAGAGGAGGGCCGCUUUUCUCUGCUGGACCAGGCCCAGUCCGCUGCUGCUGGCCUCCAGCUGAGUGAGAUCCUGAAGUUUGGGGUGGACAAGCUGCUGGCGUCGGAGGAGAGUUCCGUGCAGGACGUGGACCUGGGGCUGAUCCUGGGCCAGAGCCGGGACGGGCGGUGGCUGACCGAGGAAGACCCCGCGCCCCCCGCGGAGGAAGAGGAGGACCCCGACACCGACGACCAAACGCACAUGUACCUGUUCGAGGGCAGAGACUACUCCAAGGACCCCAGCUCCGAGGACGAGAGCCGCUUCCGUCAGCUGCUGGAGGAGCAGCUGGGCCAGCGCGCGGGCGGGGGGAAAGAGGGCCCUGCCCUGAGGCACAAAGCCGGGGUGUCCCUCUGUGGGCCCCUGGCCACUCCCGGUCGCAGGAAGCGGCCCCUGAGCGAGGAGGAGCUGGAGCUGAGGAAGGAGAGGAGGCGGGAGGCGGCCGCCAAGAGGGCGAAGCUGCAGGAGGAGCGCAGGAGGGCGAAGGAGGAGGCGCAGCACCAGAAGAAGAUGGCCUGGUGGGACUCUCGUGGGUAUCGGUCCCUGUGCGUGCCUUCAGAGGGGAGUGAGGAGGAGGAGGAAGAGGAUGAUGACCUCAGUGUGAGCUCCACAGACUCGGACCACACCGCCAUUCGCUACGUCCUGGGCGAUGUGACCCACCCUCAGGCGGCACGAGAGGACGCCAUCAUCGUGCACUGUGUUGAUGACUCUGGACGAUGGGGUCGAGGCGGGUUGUUCACUGCGCUGGAGGUGAGAACCGACGAGGCGCGUAAACAGUAUGAGCUGGCAGGAAAGAUGGAAGACCUGGACCUCGGGCACGUGCUCCUGUUUCCCAUUGACGACAAGCAGUCCAGGCUGGAUGGAAGAGACUUUCUGGCCCUGGUCGUGGCGCAGCAGAGGGACCAUUCUAACAGGCUGUCGGGAAUCAAGCUGUCUGCUCUGGAGGAGGGCCUGAAGAAGAUCCACAGGGCUGCGAAGAAGAGGAAAGCGAGUGUGCACCUCCCAAGAAUCGGUCACGCCACAAAAGGGUUCAACUGGUACGGAACCGAGAGGCUCAUCCGCAAGCACCUGGCCUCCCGAGGGAUCCCCACCUCCAUAUACUACUACUCCAGCAAGGCAGCUUCCUCGCGUUCCUCCACAUCGGCUGCGUCUGGCUCAGGGGGCUCCACCAGGGGAGCGGGGGCCGGUUCGAGCGGCGGAGGGGCCGGUACGCGCGGCGGAGGGCCCGGCGUUUCGGCCGAGUCCAGCGGCCCCUCCCUGGCCAGCUUCAUGAGCGCGGUCCACGUCUUCUUCUACAACAUGGCUGCCUCAGAGAGGAAGAGCCUGGCCCGCUACCUCAUCACAUAUGACGGGGAUGAAGAGGAGCUGAUGAGUGCAGAUGUCACACAUAUCGUGGCAGAAGUGGAGAGCCCCAUUCACACACAGGAGCUGAAGGACCUCCUGCGUGGGUAUCCUCAGGUUCUGCCUGUCCAGAAGGCCUGGUUGGAAGCCUGUUUCUCCAAGCAGCGCAAAGUUGACACGACCAAAUACCUGCUCGACCUUAACUGACCCGAUGGAACGUCCUUCUCCAGCGAUCAUUACUCUUUACUACAUUAUCGCUGUUCAGAGGAGAGAAGGGCCUUCUACAGAAGCCAGGCCAACAGCCUCUCCGGGAUACUGAUCUGCUUUAAUAACCCAAUGAGUACAUAUCCGCAACGUCAAUUAAAGCAUUCAAAGGGCCGGUUUCAGGGACACAUAUUAAGCUUUGUCCUGGACUAAACUGAGUAUGGAGAAUUUCCUUUCAAAUUUUUUAUUUACUCUAGGACUAGGUGUAAUCUGUGUCUGGGAAACUGGCCCUAACUUUUUUAUCUACAAUCAAAAUAAUGUGUCUUCCUCAGUCAUACCCGGUGAAUGGGACUGGAACUAAAUUUGGUUUAAAAAAAAAAAAAUGUAAAAAAAAUUUUUUUUAAAGCCAGGGAUGUGGGUCCUAGUGCAGCUAGUGGUGUGCUGCAGUGCCAUCUGAUCUGAAGCAAGACUUCGACUUCGGUGGUGCUUUUUGAUUCAUUGCUUUUGGCUCAGGUUUAAAAAUACACAAGAAACCGAAAGGAGCUUGAAAGCUUGGAACAGGUCUCUCUCCAGAAAUAAAACAAAUAAUAAAAAAAUUCCCGAUACAGAA